UCUUUCUUUUUCUUUUUUUUUUGGAAUGAAAAGAAAUACAAAAAACCUAAAACCAUAAACCCCUGACCUUUCCCUCUCUCUCACACCCACCCAGGCCCGCCGUUCUCUCCUAGGCUCCCUCACGCCCCCAACCGGAGAACGCAGACCACGACGGAUCGCCGGAGCCUCAUAUUUUGAGCUGACCUCUCUUUUUCCUUGCCUUGAGUUCCCAGCCGUCCACCGCCAACGCCGCAGGUUUUUCCAACGGCCUCGUAGCUUCUGAAAAACAAUUCUAAGGGAGCAAAUGAAGCACCUAAUCUCGGCUUUCACCCCGGACGGUGAUUACAUUGCAAUUUUGUCCUCUAAUGGAAUAGUGAAGAUUUGGAGCACGAGUGAUGGGAGCUUAUUCUCUGAGUGGAAGCAGUUGGAUGAAAAUCCUGGUAGUAAGUUCUCUUGUAUGGGAUGCAGUUUUGUUGGGAAAAAGCGAAGAAAAGUGCGUGGUACCUUAUUGUUAGCUCUCGGCUCAAGUGAUGGGGAUGUCUUUGUUGUUGAUGUUUCAUCUGGAGAGAGGAAGUGGGAAACUACUGGCUCCUUUCCUGGUGGAGUGGCUGGUUUAUCUUUUACAAAUAAAGGUCGUAGUCUGCAUGUGGUCGGAACUAAUGGAAAGGUAUCUGAAAUGAACUCAGAAACUGGAACGCCUUUACUAGAGUUCAAAGCUUCAAGAAAGCAGAUAUCUGCUUUAGCUUUUUCUAGUGAUGGGAAUUUUUUGGCUGUAGCUGAUGAUAAAAUAUGUGUUUUAAGUUUGGAAGAUGGGAAAAAACUUUCAAAGUUUUCUAAUGAGAUGGGCCAGGUUCAGUUUGCUUCUAUAUCUGAUGAUGCUGGUGCCCUAAUUACGUCAGGCUCUCGAGAUAAACAUCUUCAAGUAUGGAGUUUGGAUAAAAAUAGUGGUACCGUGAGUCGUGGCUCUGUUCUUUCUAUGAAACAUACUCCAUUAACUUUUCAAUGUAAAGAUGGAUGCAAUGGAAAACCUGGUUUGACUGUCUUGGCGAUCUCAAAGUCAGGUGUAGCUUAUGUGUGGCAUUUGAAAUCACUAUUAGAAGAUGAGGUUAAUCCAAUUAAAGUAACAUGUAAAGUAAAUGAAGAUGAAAAGGCCCUACAAAACGGUGAAAGUGUGAAGAAUAGUCGCGUUUCUAUUUUUGCUGCAAGAUUACAAAGUUUAGAUGCUAGCAAAGAUAUGAAAGCGCUCGUAGCUUUUGGUUCAAUUGAUCACCCCCAGUUCAGUCUUGUGGAUAUUAGUAAAUCAGGGCAGGAUGUUGUCAUAAAUGCUUCAGAAGAGACUACAAACAUUUUCGAAAAUGGAGUUGCAAAAGAUGGUUUGCAGCCAGAAGCAACGGUUUCACCAAAGAAAAAUAAAAAAGCAAGUAAGAAGCGUCCAGCAUCUGAAGCAGAUCAGUCAACUACAGGAGACAUAGUUGAUAUUGGUCAUGGAGAAGCUGCCGACGGAGUCCUUGUUGAUGACGAUACAAAUGAGCCAACCAUGGGAGAAAAACUUGCGGGUCUAAAUCUAGCAGAAGAUAAUACAGCAAAGAGCAAUGAAAUUGACGAGUCUUCUGCUAUUGUUAAGCCUCCUAGCGCAGAUUCUGUUCAUGUUCUUCUUAAGCAAGCUCUACAUGCUGAUGAUCGCGCUAUAUUGUUGGAUUGCUUAUUUACCCAAGAUGAGAAGGUUAUAACAAAAUCAAUCUCACAGUUGAAUCCAUCAGAUGUUUUGAAGCUAUUACAAUCUCUCAUAUCUAUUAUUCAGUCGAAGGGUGCAGUCUUGGUAUGUGCACUUCCAUGGCUGAGAAGCCUACUUCUUCACCAUGCAAGUGGAAUUAUAUCCCAGGAAUCUUCUUUACUUGCCUUAAACUCGGUGUAUCAGCUCAUAGAAUCGAGAGUUUCUACUCUCCAGUCAGCUGUUAAAGUGUCAAGCGUCUUGGACGUUCUUUAUUCCGGGGUUCUAGACGAGGAACAAGAUGAAGGUGAAAUGAACGUGCCAUUUAUUUACGAGGACAGAGAUGAAAGCGAAGAGGAGUCUGAAGACGCCAUGGAAACCGACGAUGACGACAACAGUGACAACGCCAACAGCGACAAUGACAAGGAGGCUCUUGAAGGAGCGUUUGGUGAUCUUAGUGAUCUUGAAGGCAUGAGCGAGUAGCUGAAGCUUUGAGUUUCUUUUCAAUGUAUUUGUAGGAACCCCUUUAAUAUACUAAAAUUAAUUAAAAUUUUGCCUAUCUGAGCUUGAAUAUUCCUAUAAUUGAAUGAAAAUUUUGCCCCAUGUGUUUCAACUUCCA